UGCACAUGCGCAGUUCUCUAGCUCUCCAGUUUUGGACGCGCGAGUUUAUCUUAUCUUCACGGCUCUUUGCAAUCUUGCUGCAGCAUUAAAGUCACCGUUUGUGGGAUUUAUGGAAAUAGACUGAUCAACGCACCAGAUGCAAUGGCCUAAAGGCUUGCGAAUCAAACAAUAUGCUGAUGUAAGCCUGUGUGUAAAGGAAGCUCGAGGUGUCGUAGCUGUGCUACGUGCUAAUGUUAUGGGACAGAACUGCAGGGAACGCCGCCGCCCGUGAUUGACUGCCGACUUGGAACAUUCCGUUAUAAAUGUAAUAAGUGGCUAUACAGCUGAUGACAUCACGCACUAAUAACAUCUGACAGUAAAUUUGAGACUUGGGUCUUGAAAAUGGCCGGUUUUACAGAUCUGCGGGAGAAGCUGAAGUCGAUGACACCACACAGGGACAAAGUUUUCGAGCACAGCAAUGGCGAGAAACGCAAGUACCGUGAGUCGGAUGAUGACGAGAGUGGUGAGUAUGAGGAGCGGCGGGAAGCGGAGGCCCGCAAAGUGAAGAGUGGCAUAAAGCAAGCAAGUAUCUUCACGGCAGAGGAAUGUGCUCAGAUUGAGGCGAAGAUCGACGAAGUGGUUGCCAAGGCAGACAAGGGGCUUUACCGGGAGCACACAGUGGACCGGGCGCCCCUGCGGAACAAGUACUUCUUCGGGGAGGGCUACACGUACGGCUCGCAGCUGGAGAAGCGCGGCCCUGGCCAGGAGCGCUUGUACUCCAAAGGCGAGGUGGAUGAGAUCCCGGACUGGGUGUAUGAGAUGGUGAUCAAUCGUCUUGUCUCACAAAGUGUCAUACCGGAGGGCUUUGUUAAUAGCGCCGUGAUCAAUGACUACCAACCUGGGGGAUGCAUCGUGUCCCACGUUGAUCCCAUCCACAUCUUCGAGCGGCCAAUCGUGACGGUAUCAUUCUUUAGUGACAGCGCGCUCUGCUUCGGCUGCAAGUUCCAGUUCAAGCCUAUCCGCGUGUCCGAGCCAGUGCUUCACCUGCCUGUGAGGCGUGGCAGUGCCACUUUACUCAGUGGCUAUGCAGCUGAUGACAUCACACAUUGCAUUCGCCCACAGGAUAUUAAAGAGAGAAGAGCUGUCAUCAUUCUGAGAAAAACAAGACCGGAUGCCCCUCGUUUGGACUCAAAUUCACUGAACCCUUCCAUCCAUUCUUCUGAGAGACGACACAUACUCAAAGCCAAACGCUCACACAGGAAGGCUGACCCCGAUGCUGCACACAGGCCUCGUGUAUUAGAGAUGGACAAAGAGCUGCAGAGGCGUUCCCUAUCCUCACGACAGAGACGACACGGUGACGCCAGUUCAGAAAACUCCUGGAGGAGAGCCGAAGAGAGAGAUCCAGGCUCACGCUACACACACUCGCAUCACAAACAUGACCACACCCCUGCACGACGAGUCAAAAUGAGACGUCACUGAAGCACUCGCAGUCAGAACUCAACAGUUAUCCCCUCCGACACAUUUAAAGUUGCUUUGGGGAUUGAAAGCGAUUGGAGUGACUCAGUUAAAGAGAUGCUUCCAGUGUGGGUGGUCUCAAAGACAUUAUAUGGAGGCUGCAGGACGUUGUGCUUUACCAUCUAUCUAUUCAGACAAAAUUUAAAAAAUGCUACUUUAAGAUCCACUAUAUUUUGUUGUGUGUUUAAAAGAAGUGUAAUGGAAUAAGUGGAAUAAAAGACAUCUAAACCAAAUAGUGGAGUUCAAUCACAGUUUACCAAUAGCCAAUUCUUAAAGGAAUAGCUUACCUGAAAAUCAAGUUUACAUACGCUACUGAAUAAUUUUUAGGCUUCUCUGACUUAGCAGGUUGGUUUAAAGCACAAAGCUCAAAUAACACUAUUAAAUAAAAAUUGUGUAAAUUUGUUGAUUUUCUCAAAGAUAGAUUUAUGAACUGCUCUUUUGAGUUAAAAUGGGUGAAAAGGGGAAUUUUUGCUUUGAGUUGAUUCCGUUCUGUCAUUCAGUGCAUAACAUACUAGUACCUUUCUGGUGCAGGCCAGCAAAUCAUUUUAGGCAUCACUAGUGACAAACCUUAAAAGCCAUGCAAUCAAAAGCAAGAGGCAAUGUAAAAAUGCAAAUUAAUUUUAUAAUUUUAUCGCAUAACAGAUCUGAUGGAAAACAUAAGAACCCCUUAACAACGUAUAUUAGCCACUACUUGCCCAUUGCUAUAAAAUUCAUGGAAUUGUCAUGGUAAUUGGUGUUUUGAUGGAGUUGAUCUUUGGUUUUAUUAUUUCUGCAGAAAACAGUGUUUAAAAAAAAAAAAAAAUCAGUAAUGCAAACUUUACAGCUGUCAUUCAAAACCUGUAUAUGGCCAUCAUAAUGGCAACAUAUGCUUUAUUUAUUCUGCUCAUAUAUUGUUUCUAAGGUUGAAAUGAAGUGAAUAUAGAUUGUGUUUUUCCAUCUUCCAUUAGGAUAAUAGGUUUAUAAGAAAAUGUAGCAGACUACAUGCAGCAUUUUCCUAUUAUCCACGUAAAUAUACAGUCUGCAGUUUAUAAAGGUUUUCACUUUAAUGACAUGAAUAUUUUUGUAUUAAAGAUUUAUAGCCCUGAAAAAUAUGGGGCGCAGUUUGUUCAAAUAGACUGCAUAAAGUAUUUAAAGAGAUGUUCUGUUCUCACUUUGGAAAAAUUUUUUUCUAGUUUUAAGAAAAUGUAGUUCAUGCACAUCUGUUGUGUUGUUUUGUUAUAACUUUAAUACCAAAAAUCUCACCCAAAAUUCACCUUACUUUAAAUGAUUCAUUACUGUGUGACAUUUCAGUUUGCUUUAGUUUCUUGUCCAUUAAUAGGGGGUAUGAAUAUCCUACAAUUAGCAGUCAUUUCCCCACACAAGUUUAUUUUUUAAUAUUUAUUUAGCUUCCCAUCUGAUUUUAAUAAAUUAUACCCUGCACUGUUUGAUUCAGAUUGAAAAUAAAUCAAAAAAUGUUA